UUACACAUUUCUCUCUCUAUAUCUAUCUAUAUUUAUAUAUAUAUAUAUAUAUGACACUCCUCCUUCCUGUAAACUUGUUCUAAUACUCCUCUCUCUCUACUAAACCAAAUCCAAGAUUAUUCAAAUCUUUAUUUUUCUUGUUUGAUUAUUAUUCAUUUCAAUGGCUAGCGGCGAUCUGAUCGUGAGCUUCGGCGAGAUGCUGAUCGAUUUCGUCCCAACGGUUUCCGGCGUAUCUCUUGCGGAGGCGCCCGGAUUCCUCAAAGCUCCUGGCGGCGCUCCGGCCAACGUCGCGAUUGCCGUGUCCAGGCUUGGAGGUAAGGCGGCUUUCGUCGGAAAGUUAGGUGACGAUGAAUUCGGACAAAUGCUUGCCGGGAUCUUGAAAGAGAACAACGUAAACGGCGAUGGUAUCUUAUUCGAUAAGGGAGCAAGGACUGCGCUAGCUUUCGUCACCUUAAAGGCCGACGGCGAUCGCGAGUUCAUGUUUUACCGGAACCCUAGCGCCGACAUGCUUCUUACCCCGGAAGAAUUGAAUCUGGACCUUCUUAGAUCCGCUAAAGUAUUUCAUUAUGGAUCGAUAAGCUUGAUUGUGGAGCCAUGUAGAUCUGCACAUAUGAAGGCUAUGGAGGUUGCAAAGGCAGCCGGAGCUCUUAUGUCUUAUGACCCUAACCUAAGGCUACCUCUGUGGCCUUCGGCGGAGGAAGCUCGUGAAAAGAUCAAGAGCAUUUGGGACAAGGCGGAUAUCAUUAAGGUUAGUGAUGUCGAGUUGGAGUUUCUUACUGGAAGCAAUAAGAUUGAUGACGAAUCUGCAAUGUCCUUGUGGCAUCCAAACUUAAAGCUCCUACUUGUAACCCUUGGUGAAAAGGGUUGCAAUUAUUACACUAAGGGUUUCAAGGGAUCUGUGGAUGCAUUUCAUGUCAAAGCUAUUGAUACAACCGGUGCUGGUGACUCAUUUAUUGGAGCUAUGUUAUGCAAGAUUGUUGCCGACCUAUCUAUUCUCGAGGAUGAGGCAAAGUUGAAGCAGGCGAUCAAGUUUGCUAAUGCCUGUGGAGCCAUUACUACCACCAAGAAAGGAGCAAUUCCUGCUCUUCCUAAUGAAGCUGAAGUCCUUUCUCUUAUUAACGGUGCAUAGAGUGCUUUUGCAUGAUAUCUUUCUUUUCACAAGACUUUUUUAAACAAAAAAAAUAUCAAUUAAGCUUUUAAUUGUGUUUCUUCUUAGAUGUUAGUUAGAUGAUAUUCUCUAUCCAAAUUUUCUUCUGUUUUCUGAGAUUAUCAAUGCCCUUUUGUGAUAAUAACAACUUUGAGCUUCUAUUAAUAAAUAAUAAAAGUUUGCUUCUUUCUGA